GGCGGGAAAAAUCGUCCUCACAACCAGUCAAUUUGCCCAGUGCCUGGCCCUUAAUAUAAACCCCUGACAUGGUAUAAAAGAUUAAUGGAAAAGAAAAACAUUCUCCCUCCAACACCCACUUUUAACUUUCACUAUGUCCCAGGUAUUGUUUUUAUAUACCAUUAAAAUACAAGUGGUUAAAUUUUGACAAGUGAAAUUAUUUAUUUAAUUUCAAACACAGCAAAAAGCUUUUGAGGGCCUUUCUUUUCCAGACAAAAUGUUGCAAAGAACAGUGCUGUCUGCUGAUGACUUCUACCUUGACCUUGACUUCAAAACAAGUUCCCCCUUAACCCUCCCAUAUGAGCUCAUCUGGUGUCAAAUGCCCCAACGUAAUGACAACCACUGAUGUCAAAUUCAUACUUUCCUUGGUACAACAAAUUUUCAAAUGCCCAGGGUACAUGUAUACCCAGGGCGUGGAUGUUUAUGUCCAGUUUUGAUCAACACAAAUUAGAAACUUAAAAUAAUUUGAUCAUAGAUUUCUUACAUUUUUACAGGACCUAUGGAGCUAAGAGUUAGUUAUGAAAAACAUGGAGUGCAAUCAAUUCAUUUUUCGGUUGACCUGGAUUCGGUAUAUAAGACUUCAAAAGGAGAACUCGUGUAUUCACUUGACAGAGUAGAAAUGGAGAUGCGGAAUAUGUGGCAACUUGUUAUCAUUGUAGAACUCAUUGAUGGUUUAAAACAACAGUUCACAUCAAAAGAGUUUCGCAUCAGAGCAAGACCAAGGCCACAACCCAAGCAGCUUCCAGGAUGUAGUGAUCCAGUGACUGGUAAUACAGCUAAAAGAAAACGGCUAGAGUCGGAAAAUGAACCCAGAAAGUACUACAUGAUGACAAUGCCAAAAGAAAAUGAAGGCAAUGUGGAAAGAAUUGUGAAUAAGGAGGAAGUGCCCAUCAAAAUAAUUCUGGAGAAACCCUCUACGCAUUGCGAUAUGAUAGUCAAAAAUGGACUUGAAAAUGAAGUCAUGUUCAUUGCACCCAUCAUCAGUUUGCAACCAAAUGGUCAAGUGUUAAAGAAACCAAUUAGGUUGCAAACCAAGUUAACAAUUGAAAAAGAUGUCCGUGUUAGUAACAUUCUUAUUUUGCAUGGCACUGAAGCUAGAGACGGAAAUAUCGUUUGGGAAGAUAUCACUCAUCAGUCAAAAAUUGACUUAAAAAAGAAAGAACUGAAAGUUGAAAUCAACCGAUUCUCUCGAAUAGCGGCUCUGUCGAGAUUAACUUCAAUAUUAGCCAAAGAUGUAGUCACCAGGCUGAACCUUUUUGGAUUCAACUACACGUUGUCAGUGCUUUUUAAAGACAACCAUCCACAUUCACCCUUCGGUGAACUUGCCCUUGUAUUCAUGAGCCACGACGUCUACCAUGAGACGUGUUACAGAGAACACCCUUCUUCUGUUUUGAUGGAGCUCAAGGGCAACCUAUAUGAAGAGCUGUGCUUGAUAGACAAACCCAAGAGCAAUCACAUCUACAACAAUGAAAAUCUCAAGGUAUCUGUUCUCCUUGGGCAGGACUAUAAGCUAACUGAUGGACAGCUUGAAACUGCUGACUUCAUUGUAGAUUCUUCAACUUUGUGGAGUACCAAGUACGUCAUAAAGCGAUCCCUUAAAGGUACUGUUGAUGACAGGGUCCUGACAGGAAAGAUAAGAAUUGAAGGGCAAUAUGGACAUCUCCUGGAGGAAACCUUCCGUGAACUGGAUACUUGCGAACACGUAAGGCGACUGUUAAGAGUUGAGGAGUCCAUUUUAAACCUUGUACCAGUUGCCCGAAAGCUUGAGGUCCCAGAAGAAGUAAUGAAUGAAGUCAUGAAGUCGUGGCAGAAUGAUGAAGAACAACUGAAAGUAAUUCUCCAACACUGGUCGAAAGGACAAGAAGAGGAUGAUAAAGAUAAUCCUGCAGUGUUAAGAAACACUCUUCAAGGACUUGACUCAAAAGACUGUGAAGUGGAUAAAAGAGGGAAGAUGCACAUCAACCAUUUGAGAGAACUUGCCUUUGAAAUCCAAAGCUUGAAACGCGAGGAUCCCCACUUGAUGGAAUACUUCACGAAUCAAAUUAGAAUUCUUUGCGAUUCCAUUUUAAAAGAUUGCUGUAUUGAACUGGACGCAGAGGUCUCUGUACAAGACUACCCACGUUUUCUUUCCUUCCACCAACAAGUCACCGAAGAUGUUGCCUUAAAGCUGGAGAAGAUUUGCUCAUCUUCAACUAGAUCCACCCAUCAAGAUUUCUUCUCCAUUGUCCCCCUUCUCAUUCAAGUCAUCAAAGACAUUUUCCAUAAAGAGAAUAGCGUAAUUGUGCAGAAUGGAUUAAAAGGACUGCCUAAAGAAAUCGUUAGCCAAUAUAAGUCUAAAGUUCGAGACUCUUUUCUAAAUAAAGACAUUUUAAGGCUCGUGUACGAAGUGUGUGGAGUUCUUGAGAGUUUGUGUCUCAACAAUUGCGGGAAGCAUUCAACCGAGGUGAUUGAAAAUUGGAGUAAAAGCCUGGGGAUUUGGAAUAUGUCUGAAUUCUUAAGANUGUCUCUUUCAUUCUAA